UCGUGUUAGUUUUGGUUUGAAAUUCGUUCAGUUCUGUUGUACACAAAAUGAACAAAUUUUUAUUUUGUCUUGGCGUUUUGUUGACGGGCUUAAAACUUGUUUAUGGCUCAACUCAAAACAUGAUUUGCUAUUACGACUCGAAGGCCUACGAACGCAAUGGACCUUCACAAUAUUCAAUACCCGACUUAGAAGUCGCACUACAGUUUUGUACGCAUCUUGUAUACGGUUAUGCUGGUAUCAAGCCGGAAACAUUUCAAUUGACAAGCUUGAAUAAUAAUCUCGACAUUCAGAAACGUCAUUUUGCAACCAUAACCUCACUCAAAGAGAAAUAUCCACAUAUUAAAUUCCUUUUGAGCGUUGGUGGUGAUAAGGAUGUGGAAAAUCCAGACAAAUAUCUUGAGUUGCUUGAAGCUGGACGAUUGAAGCAAACCGUAUUCAUUGAGUCAGCUCGCGAUCUUUUGAGAAGUUAUAAUUUUGAUGGUUUGGAUUUGGCAUUCCAAUUACCACGUAAUAAGCCACGUAAAGUGCACUCCGAUGUUGGCAUGGCUUGGAAGAGCUUCAAGAAGUUCUUUACCGGCGAUUUUGUGGUUGACAAGAAGUCUGAUGAGCACAAAGAACAAUUCACCGAUUUAGUAGAGAGUCUGAAAACUGCUUUCCGUCCACAUGAUUUGAUGCUUACAUUGACUGUGCUUCCAAACGUUAACUCCAGCUGGUACUACAAUGCUCCCGCUUUAGUGAAUAAUUUGGAUUAUGUUAACUUGGCGGCUUUUGAUUUUUUGACACCUGAACGCAAUCCUGAAGAAGCAGAUUUCACAGCACCAUUAUACGAAUUAUAUGACCAGAAUCGCUUACCACAUCUAAACAUAAAUUUCCAAGUCGAGAAUUGGCUUUUGCAACGUGUGCCACCCAAUAAAAUUGUGUUAGGUGUACCAAGCUAUGGACGUGCAUGGAAAAUGACUACCGAUUCAGGCACCACGGGUUUACCUGUUGUGCCAGCAACAGAAGGUGCUGCUCCUGCUGGCCCACAAACAAAAACUCCGGGUUUAUUAAAUUGGGCGGAAAUCUGCAUUAAGCUACCAAAUCCAGGCAAUAUUAAUCUUAAAGGGGCUGAUGCACCCAUACGUCGUAUUUCCGAUCCAACAAAACGUUAUGGCACUUAUGCUUUUCGACCAGCCGACAAUGGUGAGAAUGGUAUGUGGGUCAGUUAUGAAGAUCCCGAUACAGCAUCUAAUAAGGCCGGUUAUGUUAAGGUAAAGAAUCUUGGCGGUGUUGCAUUAUUCGAUCUAACCAUGGAUGAUUUUCGUGGACAGUGCACUGGCGACAAAUACCCAAUGUUAAGAGCAAUCAAAUAUCGUUUGCUAUAAAAUUGUUAUCAAAAUUUUUAGAAUUGUUGUGAUUGUUUAUAAAAAAACAUUAACUAAUUUUAAUUGAACUAUUGACAGAAGUCUUUGUAAUCGUUUAUUAAAGCUAAAAUAUAUUAUAUAUAUACACAAUACGUUA